AAAUGAUUAGUUCAUCUAUACAAGCAGCUGUUUAGCAAUAUUGGAAAAAAGAAUUAUCAAGAACGCAUAAAUAUAUUUAAGAUGUUGGGUUCCAUGGUCAAAGAGCAUCACAAGGAGCAGGCCAAACGUAAACAAGAGCAGGAGGUAAGACGAAAAGAAGCCAUUGAUGCCUCCAAUGAACUUACUCAAGCUCUUGUGGACCAUUUAAAUGUGGGCGUAGCACAGGCCUAUUUAAAUCAGAAAAGGCUAGAUGCCGAGGCUAAACAGCUCCAUGUGGGAGCCACCAAUUUCGCUAAGCAGACCAAUCAAUGGUUGCAGUUAAUAGACACCGUAAGCGGUGCCCUUAAAGAGUUAGGCGAUGUUGAGAACUGGGCCCGCAGCAUUGAGAACGACAUGUAUCAGAUUCAGCAGACGCUAGAGGUGGCUUACAAGGCAUCACGGGCAUCCCAGACAACGGGAGCAGCUGUCGCCAUUGCUGAUGAAAGUGUUGAGGCAAAAAAAUAAAAUUCUCUAAUCAAUUCUUUUAUAAUAUAUUGGUAUUUACAUCUAUAUUAACAAAUGUACACUCAGAUUAGGAUUAAGGCUACAAUAAAUUGUCAUUCCCUUUGUUUAAAAUUUA